CACUAGUGCCGUAUCAGAGCGUGAAAAGACCAUCGACACAAGAAGUCCAUCAGAUACAUGACGUUUGUCUUCAACAAGAGCGGGGCAGCAGCCAGACGCAUGGACUGCACAGCCAAGAGAGCUCUACUGCUCCUCUUCAUGGCGCUGCUGGCGCACCUGACGCGGGACGCGGAGGGCGUGGCCACCUGCUGCACGAGCCCUUCAAGGUCCUGCAAACUUUACGAGAUUCUGUGCCGCGCGGGACGCCGAAACGACACGUCCGUCGCCAGGCAUAUCGGCCGCUUUAAUAACGACGCGGCGGUCGGAAUUCUAACGCUUGGCAAGCGUAAAGUGGGCGAGAGACGCGUCCAGGACCGCCUGCAGCAGCUCCUGCACGGCUCGCGGAACCAGGCCGCGGGCAUCCUGACGAUGGGAAAGAGACUCGCGGACGGCGCGCGCCCGCCGCCGCUGUACCUGAUGCCCAGGGUCCCGGAGGAUCUGGACGCUCGCGAAAAACGAUGACAGUCGUCGCUUUCUGGAGCCACGGCGGCGCUUUUCAAUGGCGAAGUUCAUUUGCAGGCCAGCUCAGAAAGCGAGUUCUCAACGGGGUUUGAAAACAACGGUUUUAAUUUGAGUAAAAAAACUGAAAGCUUUUUGAUUCACAUUACGCUAAUGAGAGACAUAGGCCUGUAGCGUAAGCUGCAUACAGUCGUACCUCAAAUGUUAUUUUUUUAUGCCCCUAUAACUCACGUUGUACGUAAUUUAAACACAUUAAAACUCCUGAAGGAAUCACAAGGUUUCAGAAAAUGCUAAAUCCUUUCUUUUCCCUAGUAAACAAGCUUCACGCCUUUCUGAUUGAUAAAAAUAAAUAAAUUAUUUGUUAAUUAUGAGUAGGCUAUUUUAUCAGUUAUCAGGGCAGAACAAUUUGUCUUGUUUUAUAAAUAGAAGUUGUUAUAUUUCGGUCAUGUGUAGUAUGUUUUGUGGUCAGCAGAUGGCAGACAAUGUAAAUAUUGUAAAAUAAAACACUGGCUUAAUAAA